AGCUGAGUCCGUCGGUCGACGAGAUAGAUGUGUUGAAACGACUUAACGAGACUUUUGACCUUGCAAUUGUCAUACAUACAUCAGGUUACAUUGAGGUAACGUAGUCCAUUUGAAGCACGUUGUCAUGUCUUCCAAUAUACUAGUCCUCGACGGCGGCAUGGGAACAACUCUCGAGUCUUUAGGUGUAGAUAUUUCCUCUCCUCUUUGGGGAUCCGAAGCGCUUAGGACUAAUCCGGAUGUGAUUCGUAAAGUACAUGAGGGGUAUGUGCAGGGGGGUGCAGAUUUGGUGGAGACUGCAACAUACCAACUCACACCUCAAAACCUAUGCGACCAUCUCCACUGCCCUAGGGAAGAGGCUGAAUGUAUUCUCUGUUCAGGGGUCAAACUGGUCGCUUCCUGUAUCGCCUCUUGCUCUUCUCGCAAUGAGGAACAUAACACAAAAAGUAAAGGCGGUAACAAAAGCAAAGUCGUACUCUCCUUCGGACCUUACGGCUCGACUCUCCAACCUGGCCAAGAAUAUGGUGGUAUCUAUCCCCCUCCUUUUGGGCCUUCAACAUCUACCAAUGCUUUCCCUCCCGACUCUAAUGAUGAAGAGGAAGCAGCUAUCCAAGCGCUUGCGUAUCACCACUUGGAUAAGCUCGAGGCGAUCAGUCACGAUGGAGCGGCUUGGCGGGAGGUGGAGUGGAUAGCAUUUGAGACGAUACCUGUUUUACAUGAAGUCCGUGGUAUCAGGCGGGCAAUGGCGAUAUUGAGGGGGAAACUUUCUGCCCUCUAUGCUGAUGGGGAUAAUAUUGACUUGUGGUGGGAGAAAAAGUUCUGGAUAACCAGUCCCUUCCCAAUGGGACAACACCCCCAACUCCUUCCUGAUGGUUCGCACGCUUCCAUCCCACAGGUGAUCCACUCCCUCUUCUCCGGACCUGAUCCCAUCCCCAACGGAAUCGGAAUCAACUGCACUAAUCCGUCUUACCUCCAUUUUCUCUCCUCGUCAUUUACUUCUCACCUUCCUUUUGAGUUUUUCGGUAAAGUGGAAAUGGUGAUAUACCCUGAUGGGGGACAGAUGUAUGAUACCACCACCAGAGCGUGGGUUGUAGCCCCUCAGAGUCCGGAGAAUGCUGAGAAAUGGGCAGAGGUCGUUGGUGAUGUGGCGAAAGGAGUAAGAGGAGCAGAGAGGGAAGGGAAAGGGGUUUGGAAGGGAGUCGUUGUAGGUGGGUGUUGUAAAUCGUCUUUCGACGAGAUUCGCGCAUUGAGAAGGUUUGUAGACAGUCAAUAGUCAUGCAUAGUAAAAGUCUUGGGACCAUC